AUGUGCUCAAUAACGAGGCUCGCGUUUGUGCUUGCACUGGCUAUAGCCUCAUCAACUGAGGUUGCAGAGAGCAGAGAUUUUAAUAUCUUGGCUCAGGGCAGCUUGCCUGAUGCAGCCAAGGGACUAGGUCUAACUGCAUCCAGUGGAAAGCUGUGUCAAUUAUGUGAGCAGUACUCAACUGAGGCACUUUUCUAUCUCACACAAAACGAAACACGGACUGAAAUUCUUAGCAUUCUACACCAUGAAUGUGCAAGCCUUGCCCCUCUGAAGCAGCAGUGCAUCACGUUGGUCGACUACUAUGUACCCCUUUUCUUCCUCGAGCUGGAAGUAAUCGACCUACUCACCAAAACAUGCAGCAAGGCGCAGAACUAUGAACAGCAGUGCAAGCGGCUGGUCCUCAAGUAUACCCCACUGAUUCUGGUGAAGGGCCAGAAAUUCCUUGAGACAACGGAUGUCUGCUCUGCGAUACAUGCAUGCAAAGCAGGCACACAAGCAUCAAUGGAAGCUAUGCCUCUGUCUGCCACUUUGUGA